CACACAGGAAGGUCACACCAUCCCCCAGCAUGAUCAGGAUGAAGAUCUAAAGGACAUCAAAGUUGAGGUAAAAAAAGAAGAGAUAUUGGUGAGUGGAGAUCAGCAGUCUAUGGAGGAGGGUUGUCCUCUGAAUUCUCAGGAUUCCACACAGGAAGAUCACAACCAUGCAGAGAAUGAUCAGGAUGAUGAGCGAAAAGACAUCAAAGUUGAGGAUAAAGAGGAAGAAGAAGAGAGGUUGAAUGAAGAACGGAAAGACAUCAAAUUUGAGGAUAAAGAGGAAGAAGAAGAGAGGUUGGUCAGUGGAGAUCAGCAGUCUAUGGAGGAGGGGGAGAUGAUUAUGGAAAGUAAACCGGUGGAAUCUUCUCUACAUAAGGACACAAGUGGACGCUGCGCCUGGAAUGUCUCUGAGGGACGUCUGAUGUCAUCUCCAGGUUAUAAUGUAAAAUCUGAUGACAUCACACAACACUUUCCAGGAGAAAACUUUAUUAGUCAGGAUACACGGAGAUCAGCGGAUCCCUCCGAUCCUCAGGAGUCCUCUGAUGUAUCACAUGAUGAGACUCCAGAGACUCACGAUAUUGAGAGAUCUACAAAUCCAUCUAAACUCGAGGAAUCUUCCCUAAGCCAAGAAAAAGCUCACACCUGUUCAGUGUGUGGGAAACCUUUCACUAAAAAGAGUGCACUCCUCACACACCAGAGAAGUCACAAAGGUAAGAGCUCCUAUUCAUGUUCAGAGUGCGGGAAAUGCUUCGCUAAGAACCAACUGCUUCUUGAGCACCAGAGAAUUCACACAGGGGAAAGUCCGUAUCCGUGUUUGGUGUGCGGGAAGUGUUUCACUCAGAGGAGAUACUUCCUUAGCCAUCAGAAAAUUCACAAGGCUGACCGUCCUUAUCCAUGUUCAGAGUGCGGGAAAUGUUUCAGUGAGAAAAGAAGGCUUCGUGUGCACCAGAAAAUUCACAAAGGUGAGCGUCCCCAUUCAUGUCCAGAGUGUGGAAAAUGCUUCAUUCUCAAAUACAGCCUUGGUAGACACCUGAAAACUCACACGGGUGCACAUCCUUAUUCGUGCUCAGAGUGCGGGAACCGUUUCACUCAGAAAGAAAGCCUUCUCAGACACCAGCUUUGUCACACAGGCGAGCGUCCCUAUUCAUGUUCAGAGUGCGGGAGGUGUUUUACUGAGAAAGGAAGCCUUGUUCUACACCAGAAAUUUCACACAAAUGACCGUCCUCAUUCAUGUCCAGAGUGCGGGAAAAGUUUUAUUACAAAGAAAGACCUUCUCGUACACCACAGAACUCACACAGGGGAGCGUCCCUAUGCUUGUUCAGAGUGCGAUAAAAGCUACAUGGAUAAAGGUAGCCUUACAGUACACCAGAGAAUUCACACGGGUGAGCGUCCCCAUACAUGUUCAGAGUGCGGGAAAGGUUUCACUCAGAAAGGAACCCUUGUUAGACACCAGAGAUGUCACACGGGUGAACAGCCCUAUUUAUGUACAGAGUGCGGGAAAUGUUUCAAUCAAAAAGCAAACCUGCUUAAACACCAGCAGAGCCACGUGGGUUCUCGUCCCUAUUCAUGUUCAGAGUGCGAGAAAUGUUUCACUAAGAAAACAGGUCUUGUCAGGCACCAGAAAAAUUCACACGGGCUCACAGGGCAGGGAGAGUAAGUGCCCCUCAUAACCGGCAAGUAUGCAGACCCAAAGACCCAAGAACUAUGGAGACUAGACCCAAGAACUAUGGAGACUAGACCCAAGAACUAUGGAGACUAGACCCAAGAACUAUGAAGACUAGAGCCAAGAACUAUGGAGACUAGAGCCAAGAACUAUGGAGACUAGACCCAAGAACUAUGGAGACUAGACCCAAAAACUAUGGAGACUAGACCCAAAAACUAUGGAGACUAGACCCAAGAACUAUGGGGACUAGACCCAAGAACUAUGGAGACUAGACCCAAGAACUAUGGAGACUAGACCCAAGAACUAUAGAGACUAGAGCCAAUUGUGACAACAGGUAGGUUACAAAGGUGGGUAACAUACUGGCAAUCAUGAUACAAUUGGCAACAAAUGGGCAAUCAUGGCACUACAAGGACAACGGCAUCAAUACACAGAUCCCAAAAAAGCAAUGACAAAACCUAGCGAAGACAACAAACAUACAAUCCAGUCUGGAUUUCUCUUUCAUUAAUGGAUCGAAAAGUUACAAUUAGUUGCUGUAUGUCCUUGCUGUUUGCUUUACUGUAGAAGCUGACUUUUCAUUGGUACAGACUAUGUAUGACUUCAACUAUACAAUAUUGGAUUUCAAAUAAAGUUUUGUUUUAUACUUUC